AUGAAGAAAGGUAUUGAUGGUUUGGAUGGUAAUACAUCUGCUACAGUAGCAGACAUACAGAGAAGUUACGAGGGACAGAAAGGUGAAAAAGGCUUUCCUGGUGUUCCAGGUCCACCUGGUCAUAGAGGCUUUCCUGGUCCAGAAGGUCCUCCAGGACCACAGGGACCAAAGGGAGUCCCAGGAAUACCGGGAUUUUCAGGUCCCCCAGGCCUUCCAGGUGAACCGGGAACUGUUGGUCCUCCGGGGCGCCCUGGUGUUCCAGGAUGCAAUGGCACAAAGGGUAUUGAUGGCAUCAAAGGAGAGAAGGGGUGCCCUGCAGAUGGAUAUAAGCAAGAGUAUGGUGCAAAAGGUGAUCCUGGAUUGCCAGGAGUACCUGGAUUUCAGGGUGUCCAGGGUGCUCAAGGAUAUCCUGGGGACCUUGGACCACAGGGACCUCCAGGAGCUUCAGGCAUGCCAGGGAAAGCAGGACCUCCUGGACCUAAGGGUCUUAUGGGACUGAAAGUAAUAGGAGCCAAAGGAAGAAAGGGUGACACUGGUUUAACUGGACCCCCGGGACCACCAGGAACCGUUAUUGUGACAUUAAGUGGACCAGACAACAUGACGGACUUGAAAGGAGAAAAAGGAGAAAAAGGAUCAAGAGGACUUCCAGGGCCAGUGGGGUUUACAGGGCUUGUUGGUGAUUCUGAAAGUGAAAAGGGUGACCGAGGAGAACCUGGACCACAGGGUAAACCUGGAAAAGAAGGUGCCCCAGGUCCACCUGGACUACUGGGACAGAAGGGUGAACAGGGCAGACCAGGACUGGCUGGCAGGCAAGGAACUAAGGGAAUGAAAGGGAACACUGGUCCACCAGGAGCUUCUGGUCGAACAGAGUAUCAUGAUAGGGUGGUUGGUGAAAAAGGAGAUGAAGGACCCCCUGGACCUCCAGGACCAAAAGGUCAGCGUGGCAUGCCAGGGCCACAGGGUCCUCCUGGAUAUGCUGGUAGACCAGGUGUAUCAAGACCUGGUUUAAGAGGUCCCCCAGGAUUUCCUGGACCAAAAGGAUCUAAAGGAGAAAAAGGACAAACUGGCUUGUGUAUUGUAGGCCCUCCAGGACUACCUGGUAUUACUGGCAGACCUGGUUCUGUUGGAUUGCCAGGUCCCCCAGGAGAACCAGGUAAAGUAAUAUUUAGAACAGGCCAACCAGGACUUCCUGGAGAGCCAGGGUGUAUCGGACUUCCAGGACCUCCAGGAGAUAUUGGCAUGAAAGGUGAUGAAGCUUUCAUGUGUACUGAUUGCAGCUAUAUUCCUGGAAUACCUGGUCUUCCUGGUUCUCCUGGGUCACAUGGCCAAGAUGGCAUGCCGGGUAGAGAAGGAACAACGGGUCCAAAAGGUUCUCCAGGUUCUCCGGGAGCACCAGGGUUUCCAGGAGCUCAAGGACCUCCAGGUUUUAGAGGAGAUCAAGGACGUAAAGGACCAAAAGGUGAGCCAGGAUAUGUGUAUCCAGAAGGGCCAAAAGGUGAGCGAGGCGAUCCAGGGGCCAGGGGAGACAAAGGAAGAAAAGGUUCAAGUGGAUUUCUGGGAAGACCUGGCUCUAAGGGAUCCAAGGGUUCUAAAGGGGAAGAGGGAUUGGCUGGUGCAAAAGGAGAUCGAGGACUACCUGGAUUGCCUGGCAGACCUGGUCUUCCUGGAGAGAUGGGGUUUCCUGGACUGCCAGGAUAUGGACCACAAGGAAUAAGAGGCUUCAAAGGCUCUAAAGGAAUACCUGGUCUACCUGGAUUACCUGGAGAAGCUGGUCUGAAAGGAGAGACCAGUAGGGCAACUCCAUUGCCUGCAUUGCCAGGACCUCAAGGACCAGAUGGUUUACCUGGACCACCAGGAGUGCCUGGCAGGGUUGGAGCAAGAGGUCAGCCAGGUGAUUCAGGACAUCCAGGGCCAACAGGUGACACAGGUUUUCCAGGGCUUGGAUUUCCUGGAAACCCAGGUCCAAAAGGAGACAAAGGACUUGCAGGAGGCAGAGGGUCACCAGGUUGUGAAGGAAAGAUGGGAGAUCCAGGCCGAGCUGGAAAUCGAGGACAACCAGGAGAAAAGGGUGACCCAGGCGUGGUUAUUCCUGGAGAGCCAGGUAGACUGGGUUCACCAGGAGGUCAUGGCAUUCCUGGCUCAAAAGGUGAUACAGGAUUUCCAGGACUUCCAGGACUACCAGGGCAUCCUGGACAUGAUGGUGAUGUUGGCCUAAGAGGAGAUCGUGGCUUACCUGGAGUUCCUGGAGAUCCAGGUUUUCCAGGGAAACCUGCUGAAUGUGUUAUAGGCCUGCCAGGCUUGCCAGGUGCCCAGGGAGCUACAGGCCGACCAGGAGGAAGAGGUUUGCAAGGUUCAAAAGGAAAACUAGGUCCUUCUGGCUUGAGUGUCCCAGGAAUCUACGGAAAGCCUGGGGAACCUGGAUUAAUAGGUCCUCAGGGAAACACAGGAUUACCUGGUGCCACAGGACAGUCUGGAAGGCCAGGAAUCUCUGGUGUGCCAGGCUUAAGGGGAGAUCCAGGUAUAAUGGGCCCAUUAGGAAUUCCUGGACCCCCUGGCAUGAUUGGAAGACCAGGCAACCCGGGGAUCAGAGGUUCUUCCGGGUUCCCAGGACUAAAGGGAAGAAAAGGGUUUCUUGGAGCAAAAGGUGAACCAGGUGAUAAAGGUUUUCCUGGACCAUCUGAGACCUUGGUUGAUAUUGGGACUAAAGGAGAACAAGGCUUAAAAGGAACCCAAGGAAGAAUGGGUCUAAGAGGAGAAAAAGGAGAUGCCGGUGUGCAAGGUCCUCCAGGUCCUGACGGGUCUGAAGGACUACCUGGCCUACCAGGUGUCAAAGGAUUUAUGGGUCUCCCAGGGAUUCCUGGAGGACAAGGAUUCCCAGGUUCACCAGGAAACAAAGGGGUCAUGGGAAUUCCAGGUCCAAAAGGACAGAAAGGUUCUCCAGGCUUUCCAGGACCACCAGGUGACCCUGGUCUACCAGGCUAUGGUGGCUUUCCAGGUGACAGAGGAGACCCUGGAUACCCAUCUGCUGGGCCUCCAGGAGAACCUGGUUCAAAGGGAGAUCCAGGCCCCCCAGGAGUUCUGGGCAGCAAAGGGGAGAAAGGAUCCCAAGGUCAUCCAGGACUCGCAGGAUUACCUGGACCAUAUGGGAUCAGAGGGGAAACUGGAGGUGCAGGAAUCCCAGGGAAACGUGGAACUCCUGGAGAUACUGGUGUUAAAGGACAGCAGGGCCGCCCAGGACAGCAGGGCAUUUCAGGCCCUCCUGGUGCUGGUGGAUAUCCUGGAAAAGAUGGAUUUGUUGGUGAAAGAGGUAAUCAAGGUCAGGAUGGUAUGCCUGGUCCCCCAGGAGUAAAGGGAGAACCAGGAGCACAAGGGAGAGGAAUCCCUGGCCUUCGAGGUAUUCCUGGUCGUAAAGGAAUCAAAGGAAACAUGGGACUGCCUGGUUUUCCUGGGCCACCAGGAAUGAAAGGUCGUCAGGGUGAUCAAGGACCCGUUGGACCUCCUGGCCUAGUGGGGUUACCUGGAUUUCAAGGCACAACAGGCAUUGCAAUUCCUGGGCAAAAAGGGAACAGAGGAAUUCCUGGUGCAGAUGGAAGACCAGGUGCUCCUGGUUUUCCAGGGCCUCCUGGUCUUCCCACUCCCAGCAUGAAAGGAAGCAAAGGUGUUAGAGGGGCAGAUGGCAUCCCAGGGUCAAUGGGCCCAGCUGGCGACGUUGGUCCUCCCGGUCCAAAAGGCAUAGAAGGUCGAUCAGGUUAUCCUGGUGUUAGAGGGGACCCUGGAUUUCUUGGAUUCCCAGGUGUCAAAGGAGAAAAGGGUAAUCAAGGACCCCCUGGACCACAAGGUGCAGAAGGGCCAAGGGGACCAAAAGGCCAGCGUGGUCCACCUGGAGUCCCUGGGAGAGUGUUCGCCAUCCCAGGAAGCAAGGGUCCUCCUGGUCUGCCAGGAAUCCCAGGAUCACCAGGACCUCAAGGAGUGAAAGGUCUACCAGGAAGUUUUGGUCUUCCAGGUCGACCAGGAAUGCCUGGUCCAAAAGGAGACAGAGGCUUUCCGGGACAAAGAGGACAACCUGGACUGAUUGGCUUUCCAGGUCUACAGGGGUUACCUGGAUCACCAGGUACUAUCAUUGGUGCUCCAACAAAAAGAGGCUUUAUCUUUACCCGACACAGUCAAUCAACAAAGAUUCCUUCGUGCCCACGUGGGACAUCACAGAUCUAUGUUGGCUAUUCACUGCUUUUUGUACAAGGAAAUGAACGAGCACAUGGACAAGAUCUUGGAACAGCUGGUAGCUGCUUGCAGAGGUUUACCACCAUGCCAUUCUUAUUCUGUAAUACCAACGAUGUCUGUAGUUUUGCUUCUCGCAAUGACUAUUCCUACUGGCUGUCAACUGCAGCAGUAAUGCCAGUAGACAUGGCACCAAUUUCUGGCAGGGCACUAGAGCCCCAGAUAAGCAGGUGUGUUGUCUGCGAAGGACCUGCAAUGGUAAUAGCAGUUCACAGCCAAACAACUGUCAUUCCUGCAUGUCCAGAAGGCUGGACCUCUCUCUGGAAGGGUUUUUCUUUUGUUAUGUACACAAGUGCUGGCUCAGAAGCUUCUGGCCAAGCAUUGGCAUCUCCUGGAUCCUGUUUGGAAGAAUUUCGAGCCAUUCCAUUCAUAGAGUGCCAUGGCAGGGGGACGUGCAACUACUACACAAAUUCCUACAGCUUCUGGCUGGCAUCAUUAAAUCCAAGAAGAAUGUUCAGGAAACCUCUGCCACAGACUUUGAAAGCAGGAGAACUAGAAAAUAUUAUCAGCCGUUGUCAGGUCUGCAUGAAGAGACCAGUCUAAACAGUGGCCACUCUUGAUGGAACAUGAAACUCUGCUUUUAUUUACAAAGAAUUGCCUAACUCUGAAGAGCUAUAAUUUAUUAAAGUCCAACUGCAUCUGGAAAGAAAAUUAUAAAUUGCCAGUGCAGCACUGUGGUGAGGUAGGGCAACAGUUUGACUUUUGUCUUUGGCAAAUGACAAAGCACUUUGUUGGAGAAAGCUUGUAAUGGCAGUCUGCAGAACUGUGUCAUUCCUAAGCUGCAUCUUCAUGAUAAACCUAUGGCAUUGCCAAAUCUUUAAUGAAGGGUGUUAAUGCUGCCUCGUGUCAUGUGCUUUUCAAACUGCAAGACAAACUAAACACUCUAGUAUCAGCUUCCAUGUGUUCAGUGUUCAAAAUGGAUAUAAUUUAACAUGAAAAUCUGGCACUUACGAGAGAGAGGGUUCAAUAGGAAAUAUUUUCAGUGCACUUUUAAAUAUAUGUUGAUUCGUUUAGGGUUGGUUUGGUUUGGUUUUCUUGCCUAAUAAACAAGUCUAUCCCCACACACCUCAGCCUUCCUCUGGCUGGCAAACAGGAAUGCAGUAUUUUGCAUCACUGUGAUACUACUGGUUGUUGACUGGCCAGAGAGGGAGCGGCGCCGUGCCCUGGGCAGACAGAACAGGGGGACACACACCAGCUGUGUUCUCCAGAGUGACCAGGCCUAAGGGCUGACCAGUUGAAAGUGUUGCAAAGUUUUCAUUAGAUUUCAUGGCUUUUGACACAGGUCAUGAGAUUUUUCAAAUGCUUAAAAAGUUGACAGUAUUUGGCCUUUGUUACCAUCGCAUCUUUUGUCUCUACCAAAGAAGAACUAUUUAGCAUAUCAUAUUUCAGGAUUUUAACUGAAUUAACAAUUACUGUGUGGCUCAAGUGCUCCCCUGGCAUUACCAGGUUAUCACACACCCAUCAGGAUGCAAUCUCUUUCUAUGUAGUUUUUAAUAGAUAACAGAAAAAUGUAACACUCUCAUUUUAUAAUGUUCCAUAUUUAAAUAUUUAUCAUAAAUUAUUUCCUAUAUUAAAUAUUUAUCACACAUUUCUGCAAAUGAAACCAUUUAUUCCAUCCAGUUAAAUGCAGGCAUCCAAAAUUUAAGACACUGAUAUUUAAAUUGUACCAUCUGAGCACUGACUUACACGAGAGAAUCCACCUGUAAGCAAACUUAAAUACUUGAAAAGCACUUUCAUUUACUCAUAUAACUUAUAUAAAAUUGUAGCUCUGAGGUUUUGGUUUUUAUAUUUAUAACAUUGCACUUGCAAGGCAAUUUAAAAUUGUAAUCUUAACAUUUAAAAAGUUAUUAUUUUUUUAAUACUUGCACAAUCUAUCAGAAUUCCAGUAUUUAGUGUCAUAGAAGAAGCCUAAUUCAUCUGAAUAGUUCUGUAAAUGCAUAAUUUUAAAUGUAGGGUCUAGCAACUCAAUGAAAUAACCAUUUAGUUCUUUUUUAAGCCAGUGAAAUAUUGUAUGGUUUCUGUUAAAAUACUUGCAUGAUGUUUGUCUGACUGUUUGAAUUUUCAGUGUUAACCUAACUAAGAAAAAGUUUCAUCCGUGUUUCAUGCCAGUAACUUCUGAUGGAGCUAAUGUGAAGACACCAUUGACAUGAACUGAAUGCUUAUUUUAAAAUGAGCGUUUGCUUGAACAGUCAUAGCACUUCUGUUUGCAAGGUACAAUUGUGAAUUUGCAGGUUUUUAUGAAGAAUCUCUGUGCAGAUGCACUACUGAUAAGAAGGUGUUAGUGUCAAGUUCAUACUUAGUCUUCCAUUUGAACCAGGUUUGGGGAUGGGAGUGUUUUCAUAGGCUCGCAGAAUGGUUUGGGUUGGAAGGGACCUUAAACAUCAUCUGGUGCCAACCCCCCUGCAUGGGCAGGGACACCUCCCACUAGACCAGGUUGCUUAGAGCCACAUCCAACCUGCCCUUGAACACUUCCAGGGAGGGUGCAUCCACACCCACUUUCCUUAAAAAAUCCCAUAUUGGAUUUUUCCAUAAGCUCUGAGAUUUAAAUGCUCAAAGAUAAAAUUCACACCCAUUGCUGGUUAGGCUGUUGGCUUUUGGGUCUUCUUUUCCCAUCGAGGCUGACUGCAGUCACCCAAAGGCAUUCUGUACUGUGUGCAGUUGGUGGCUGGGGAGAUCCUCGUGCAAAACUUGACAGUAAAAUGCAGAAUGUAAGUACCUGAGGUUAAAGUCUGCUGGAAAGGGUCAGUAGAGGGUAAUGUGUAAGGAGAAGGAAAUGGAUUGUGGUUUUAAAGUCCAAAGGUAAGUUACACCGAGUUUUGUCUUGUACUAUAGCAGGUGACUGGAAGUUAUGCCUUGUUCCUAGUCUUGGUUUCUGCUGCUCAUUUAUUGUGUGGCCUUCAACAAGUUACUAAAGGAAGAUUUGCAUAAAUAGCUUUAGAAUUUGAGUGCUUAAACUCAGUCUGUCUUUCAAAAGCAUGAAAUACAACUGCAGGGACACACAUGUUCAUCAAGACCAGUAUAAUAUAAGCUGGACACUGAAAAUCAAAGAAAAACUUGGAAAAAAAAGUUGACAAAUCUUAACUUCUUUCUGCAGAUACAGAUCAUUUUACUUCCUUACUGCUAAUGAUUGUUGUGAGGAUGAGUUAACUCAUGUCUGUAAAUGCUUUGAGAGCCCUAACUGGAGAAUGCUGAGGAGGUGCAAAGUGUUAAUAUAUUGUACUGAAAGCACGGGAACAGGAGAAAUUGGAAACAAUGAACAAAAAAUGGGAGGGGGGGAAAGGAGGAAAGCAAACCUUCUGCUAAAUACAGCCAAAUAAAAAUAUUUUUAGUAAAUAA